AUGGCAAAGACAAGAACCUAGCAACUUGUAGGUCUUCCAAGGGCUCGUGAGGUUAUUGAGAAGGUGAAAAAAUAAACAAGAAACAAAAAUGGAUUUGAUGAAAAAAAUUGAUCCUGAUAAGCAGGCGACUGGAUUAGAAAGCUCAGCCAUGGAGGAGGAGGAGGAGGAGGGGGAUCAGAAUAUAAACGAUGAAUUCGAGGAUUUGAGUAACAGUCUGAGAGCAGUAGUACAAGAAGAUAUAGUGAAGCCCAAGCUUCAGUGCCUGAUGAUGGAUCCAGUUUUCUCAAUGGUAACAUUACAGAGCGAGGACAGCGGGAUCCAAUGGGAGGCGGCGUCUAGCCGCUGCUCUACACCCUGGGCUUCGGAAAUCAGUUCUCCUCCUCCGGAAAUCCAAAACGGCCUUGUUCCAAGACAUUCAGCAAGUCCAGGUACAGAAACGGCGGGCAAGAUCAUCUUUGUAUUGGACGAGGACAGUAUGAUCAAAAACAAAAAGAGAAAGCGGAAUAAAGCACAUGAAAAGCUACCAAUGAUAACAGAUAAUGUGCCAAGAGAACCAGAUAGGCCAGCCAUGGUGGAAGUCUCUGUUCCCAAUGUGAGGGAUGAGAAAGAAAAUGUAGACACGGAGAAAGACUCGAAAGAAGCAAGAAAGCAACGUUUGUUCUGUCUGGUCUCUGAGGGAUCAGAGAUUCUGAACAUUGUCGUGCCACCAAAGGUGUCUACAGUGGAUGAGGAGGAAAGCAAAGGAAUGGUGGAUAACUUGUCUUACCUGGAAGAAACGCCUAUUAUUAAAACCACUGUGAUCCCUGAAGAAACUGAAACAUCUGAGAAGAGAGAAAAUCUAGAACAUCUUCAAGUUACAGUCCAGGCAAUAGCACAGCCUUUACCUUUGCCCCCACUGAUCAAGCCAACACACAAACAAGGUACAUGUGAGGACUACUUUGAGAAGUUCACUCUCUUGGACCAUCAGGCACCAAAAGGAGUUCCUACAGUAGACUCUAUUGAAGAGCCUGAGACCACCACUGAUCAAGAACUUUAUAAGGGUGAAGAUAAUGCCAUUAAUGAAAAACCAGCACCAGAAGUUUCAGACGAUUCUGCUUCUAUCAGUGAACCGGAGAUCACCAGUGAACAUGUGGAUGAGGUAUUUUAUGGAGGUGGACAAGAUCCAGACUUUCAAAAAACAAGAAAUGGGGGCAAUAAAGGAGAGGAACAGCCAAGAACACCAUUAAAGAAAAGUGGAUGUGACCUUUUUGGUAGCCAGGAGACAAUACUUACUCCCAUUUUUCUGCCUGAAGGGCCUCAGAAAAUCAUAGAUCUGGUUUUGUUGGAAGAACCAAAAGCCAUGGCGUUUAUGUACUCUGAUUUGUAUGCAGAUGCUGUAGGAAACAGGAUUAAGCAAGACGAUACAGAGAGCAUGACUUCAGAGAAGUCCUUCCACAGCCAAGAGUCUGACAUUGAAGACAGAGGCUACUUGGAGAAAUUUGUGCUUAAAGAUGAAACUCCAGUGACUCAGACGGACGCACUACAUGAUGCCUGUAAAGAGGAUGGCGUUAGGAUGUGGUCACAGGAUGCAUUUGGCUUCACACAAAAUAACAAGGAUGACACAAGAAUGCCGGAAGAUGUGGAUGAGGUCACUGAUUUCUUUAGGGAUAGUGCUAACUCUUCCCCAUGUGAACCUAUCCAGCUACGUCAGGUAGAACCAGAAGAAACAAAAAAGGAGACUAAGACUCGACGUGUGGUUUUCAAGGAUGAAGAAAUUGAAAGGACACCUGAAGAGGACACAGACAUCGCGGAAGCAUUUUUACCACUUGACAUAAGCAUGGAUCCACUAGCAAUGGAGACAAGCUCUAAAAUUAAAGACUACAAAGCUGUCAUUACUGAAUAUGCUGCCAAAACUUGUGCAGCCACACCAAGCAAGUCAGAAAAAAUUAAGCCUUCCUCCAAAGCUAAACCUCCAAAAGAUGCUUUCAUCCCAGUCCAUGUUCCUCAAACCGUAAAACCCAUAAUGCCUCGUCACAAACCCUUCCUGGAGCUGACUCCAUUGCUUCCAGUAGAGAUGCAGGAAGAAAACAAAGAGAAAAAGGUGAACCCAAAAGAAAGAGAAAAAAGUGAUAAAGUUAAAGGCACAGAGGUAUCAGUAGACACUCAGGACGGUGGACACUUCACCCAGCAGGAGGCAAGAGAAUCUGCCCCCAUACUCCAGCAAUGCUUAUCAACAGGAACAGAGAAUACCAACAGCACCAGCCUCGCUACUAACCUGAGUCACCUGGGUCUUUAUGAUGCUGUCGAAGUUGAUAAUGAGACUGUAGGUAUUCCAGUGCCAUAGGUUAAAAAUUCAUGCUAGAAGAACCUUGAUCUGUGUUUGUUCACAAAAACACUGCCUAUGUAGAAAUAGUCUCUUCUGUAUUUACCUUGUAAAUAGUUCAGUAACCUUUAAUUCUACAUGGACUGUGCAAACCUUUUAUACAAAAUCUGCAAAAUAAAACAGAGAAUUUCAUUAAAA